AGGCGGCGACCGUCCAGGUGCUUUUCGAGGACGGAGGCUCGAGAGAAAUGUUCAUAUUUGGGACGUUUUUUAAAAAAAAAAAUGGAUUUGACUCAAGAGGCAAUUUUAAACAUGUUAAUAGAAGGGGGAGGAAAGGUGAAAAACUCCGAUAUACUGAGCAAGUAUAAAGGGGCCCUAAAUUGCAGUGAUCCGGCAGAGAGGAAACAAAACAGAGAACUUUUCAAGACGUUUGUGAAUCAAAUUGCAAUUGUGAAAAAAUUGCAGGACACCAAGUAUAUAGUCCUAAAGAAAGUUUAUCUGAAUUUACUAGAAGUCUCUGAGGAUAAACAUACCCCAAGAGAAGAGGAUGAAGAAGAUGGAUCAAAUGCAGUAGAAGAUUUCCAAAAUGCACACCAGAAAACUUUGAGCAGAUCUUCCUCAAAAUCUUCAGACAGCACAGUGGUGGGACCUUCUCCUAUAGAGGUUGCUUUAGAAAGAAGCAAGAAUGUGGACCUAACAUCUAAAAUGUUUCUACAUUUCACCUUUCCUCUCAAAUCUGACCCUGAUGACUUGGACAAACAUGAAGCGGUGUGCCCUGCCAAGAAAGAGGUGAGCACAAACAAACCGUAUGCGCUGCCUUUACGAAUGCCCCCAGUCAACAUCAGUCAUCAUCAUAACAAGAUAACCUCCAGCGAGCACUCAGGAUCUGUCAGCUUCGCUCAAGAGCCUCAUUCCUCACCUCAAAGUAAGUGGAGACCGUCAACAGACAGUGUCGCCAGCGCUGGCGGCUCCCCACAGGUGAGGAGACACUUCAAGACCCCUAAACAGUCCGACGAGCCCAAGUACUCACACCAGUGCCCGCUUGACUUCCUGGAACAUCAGUGGCUCGUGAAGUCUGCGGCCGGUCAAUGGAGUCAGGUGUACGGCCUGCUUCUGAUGGACGUUCAGCUUGCAGAGAAGAAGGACUUCAUGUCUGGUUUCACGGCCCUACACUGGGCUGUCAAGUGUGGAAACUUUGAAAUGGUCUGCAGAAUUGUUGACUUGUCGAGGAAAAGUGACCGUGUGGUGGACGUCAACGCCAAAUCACACGGCGGUUACACACCGCUGCAUAUCGCUGCUAUUCAUAGUCAGCUCAAUUUAAUUGACCCGCUAGUCCAAUAUGGUGCCAACAGAAACCUUAGGGACAACUAUGGUAAGAAACCGUACUACUAUCUGCCCAAAGAGGUUCCGAGGGAGCUGAGGCAGCUUCUAGGGGACCCAAAAGCCAUCAACCGGGAGUUGCGUCAGGUUCGGGAUGACAACGACCCGCAAAAACACACAAUAAGCCACCUCUUCCAGCAGCCCCUCCUGGUGGGUCUCAAGAAGAAGAACAAGGCCAGAGUACCGUUCAUCUCCGUGACUGAAGAUGCCAGAGAGGAUGAGCCCUUGCCACACAAACAGAGGCUAUCGGAUGUGUUUCACUAAUUGAGCCUAUUAAUGUGGAACUCUCUAAGUUUCUUAUGGUCACUUGUUGGGAAACGCAAAAUCAAGGCUCAGUUUAGGUAUAUAUAAACAAAAUACAUGUUCACGCAAAUCUUACAUAUUAUUUUAAUCAUCCCUAUUAUGUGUGAUAUGUUUAACUUAGGUUAGAGAGGUUAGGAGAAUGUUAGGGGAAUGUUUCCCUAACCUACAAGGAAUGUUCUAUUUCCGUAAAAAAAAAACUUUCCUGUCUAACCAAAAGAAAGCGAUAGAAAUGUAAAUUCUGGGAACCAAAAACUAAUGUUCCCAGAAUGUUCUGGGGACCAAAAAUUGCUAGCUAAGUUAUUAAAUGCAGAACUGAAUGACUGAAUCAUAGACUGUAUCUAUGAAUCGGCCUUAUGUGAGAUUCUAAAUAAAUGGUGAACUUCAAAAGAAUUCCCUGAUAGCACACGUACAUCACCCAGAUGUCUAUUUGAUGUGUGUGUUUACAUCUGGAAGACAUAUAUUUUAGAUUGUCUGCUCAUCUGCAAUAUGUCAAUAAGACAUUCAUCAGAUGACUUUGAGACGUUUAUGAUUUAGAAUGUUUGUAAAUCUGAUCUUUUUAAGAUGUUUAGCAGAUGUUAAUUAGAUUGUGAUGCUCUCCAGAUGGAAAUACCUUAAACAGACAUCUCGGAUAUACUUGUGCUAUCUGGGUUCUUGUGUUCUCUUCAAAAUGUAUGAUAUUGUAUGUAUCAGAUUUGUAUAAUAGUCUUAUAUAAUGUACUUCUUUCCCAUGUAAACAGAGCUAUAUUUCUGAGAGUAAUUAUGGAUGAUUGAAAAUCAUGAGAUUAUUCAAAAGGAUCAUAAACUUAGCUAAUGUUAAAGUAUGAGUGCUAUUUCUCAAGGUGGGAGCAUAACUCUUUGGGAGUGGCCAAACUUGUUUUUAUUGUUCUUUUCUGUCUGUUUAAGCGUCAGGAAUGUUUCGCAGGAACGUAUUGUGAAAAGAAACUUUAUUAUGUGAUCAGAAUUGAUAUGAUCUGAAAGUUGCUGUAGAUGCUCAGAAUUGAUCAUCUGAAUUCAUACAGCCUUUGGUUUUUAUCUUGUUCAUUUACAUACAUGUGUUUGUAUCAUGUAUUACUGAUAUAUUUUACUAUUUAUCAUAAAUGUACUGUAUAUGGGUCAAUGAUGUGACACCUUCUGUAUUUGUUCAUUUUUUUUUUUUAAAGUAGCAUGAAUCUGUAGUACCUCUAAAAUAUAUGAAACCACUUUUAACUUUCCCAUGUUUUUUGGGGUACAAGUAAUUUUUUCACAUUUAAAGUGUUUAAACAUCAUGUGGUAUAAUUUUUAUUUUUAUUUUUUAUUUUUUUAUCUAUUUAAAAGCACUCAGAAAGUUUUUUAACUUUUAUGUUUUCAUACUUGACAUAUUGGUUUUGUAUUGCUGAGCAAA